UGUAUGAGUAUGACAUUGCGCCACAAAAAACUAAAGCCCCACAAACUGCUCCACAACCAAACACACAUUGAAUAGGCUAGAACUUAGCUAUUGCUUAUUGCUUAGAGGAGAGAGAAAAUAGAACAGGAGAUAAAUUUCAAAGUAAAGAUGAUGAAGUUGGGUGUUGUAGUUGAGUUGUUGGAACAAUACAAGGCUGUUCUUACAAGAAUGAGGCUUGAGUUGGUUGCUACAAGGAGAUUGUUACCUUCAUCAUCAUCUUCAUCUUCAUCUUCAUCUUCGUCUUCUACUAGUGUUUGGUCUCCUAUUUCUGAAGCUGAAGGAAUAUAUGCUGGAAGACUAAGAAAAAGUGUGGGAUUUUGAAGGAUUAAUAAGAAAUGAUGACUUCUUCUGGGUCAGGAUCAUAUAGGGUUGGAGGGUCAUUAUCAUCAUCCAAUUUAUCACCUUUAGCUCCACCCUUUAAGGUUGAAAAAUCCCUUCCGAAGCCGAAUUCGACGAACCCAUCAAUGAAUUUUUCUGAUGUGCCUGUGUAUGGUGCUUGUUUUGACCCCACCCCUGGCCACUUUUGGAACUCUUCCUCUUCAUCUACUUCUAAACCCAACUGCGCAGCAACUGAGUCAGUAGUUACUCUUACCAAUUGCAAACCUUCCCCUAGUAUGUAUGGGUACGGGGAUUCCCAAUCAAACACUUCGCCUCCUAGCGUUUACUAUGGUAGCACUAAGGUUGGGUCUGGAUAUGAUCCUUUUUCGUAUGAUCCAUUCCCAAGCAGGAUGGCCUCGAAUACUGAUGAGGCAGGAAAAGCUUAUUAUCCUCCAUAUGUUUCCCCUCCACCCCAGAAAGAUGGAUACUCGGGAUUGGGGGCUGGUAAUGGGUCAGGUUAUGACUUGCUGUCAUACUCUGGGUCUGCCCAUUUGAGUGGACCUGGAUCUGCUCAAGUUGAUCACCCGCAGCAUAUGUCUAGUGACAGUGGUUAUAAAUCGAAGUGGGGUUUUGUUUGGAGUGGGUUGAAUGAUAGAGAACAUGGCAAUUGGAUGGACUACGGUCAGGGGUUUGUUUCCAAGGACUUGAACACCUCAAAUUUAUCUAACAACAGGAGUUCUCUUUUUGUUGAUGGGAGCAGUCAGAGUCGACCUUUUGUUGACAUCAAUACUUAUCCUUUUGUUGAUGGGACCAACAAAAAUCAUCUUUUUGGUGAUGUAAGCAACAAGAGUCAUCUAAAACAAGGGGCUUGUGUAACUCAGGACUUAGAUUUACAUGGGCAAUUUUCCAGUGCUAAAGACAGCUGCUUUGAUAUUUUUGGUGGAGCAUAUAGCCUGGGCAGCCUUGGCGUAGAACAGCAAGAUUGCAAGCCGUCUUCUGAAUGCUCAAGAACGCGAACUUCUGCAUCUGUAUUUGUCUCCAAAGAAAUCCCUCAUCUUCAGGAACCAGUCCUAGAAUCAGUUACAAGUUUCUGUGGCUCUCAAAAGGCAAAUGGUUCUUUACCUGAGGACCACUUCAGCCAAGCAGGUUUUUAUAGGUUUAAUUGUGCAUCAACCACCAGUACAUUCCCCGUGACAAUUACCAAAUUACCUUAUGGUGGGAGCAGCUCUUUAGUGGAAAGUACACCAUCAGCUGUUAAGCUGAACUCUGUGGGCAUUGAUGUAGCAAACCAAUGUAACACUGCUGCAGGGUACACCUCUUCUAAUGAAAUGGAGCCUCAGAUGCCUCUUGGUUUGAAACGUCCGUCCAGCAUUAGAAUCCGAAGACCUGCCCCAUCCUCCACGGCAGCAUCCUCUUGCCAAAUCGGAGAAACUGCAAAUUGUAGGUUUGAUGAGAAGGAUGCCUUUGAGAAAACGAACAUUCCACCUGAACUACCAUAUCACUUAAGCUCACAUGGUGUAAACAUGGAAGCUAGUCACGCUGAAGCUGUAUAUACCGUUGAUAAAUAUUCUGGGGGAUCUGAUGUCCAUAACCCUGCUGAGGAUUCACCAUGCUGGAAAGGAGCAUCAUCUAACAACUUUUCUCCUUUCGAAUGUUCAGAAAGUGUGGUGUCUGAUGUUCUUGUAAAAGAGAUAGAUAGAUGCAGAAGUUUGAGUUCUCAGGAUCUUCAGAAUAAGAGCCUUCUUUUCAAGGCUUCUGAUUCUAAAAAUUUGUCCUUUGGGAAAGUGAACGAGGCAACUUACUUGGAGAGGCUUGCAGUUUCUGAUUACACAUCAAAUGAUGACGAAUAUUGUGGUCCAGUGAAUACAUUCUGUCGCUUUGAUCUUAAUACUGCAGAUGGCCUUCAGUUUGCUGAUAAUUCUCAUGCAUUGGGGGCGGAAUGCAAUAUGAUAAACAAACCAAAAGCUUGCCUGAACUCAAAAAAUUCUCUUGCUGCAGAUUUUAUGUUUAAAGGAGAAUCUUCAUCUGCAGAAAUUACACUUGAAGCACCACCUUCUGAAAAUAUUGGCAAGGCCAGUCCUGUUGCUGCAGAGAGUCUUUCUGGUUCACCAUCAAUUAUUGGCAAUAAUCUCUCAAAUCCGCUUGCCGGAAACAAAGCUAGUUUAGAGUCAGUCAAUGAAGUCUCAGAUUCAAGGAUUAGUGCUAAUGUGCUGCUGAGAACAAUGAUGAAUCUAUCGGAAAUAUUUCGAUGCUACUGCUUCAGUAAUAGAACUGAAGUUGCAGAGAAACAAUCAGUAGCCAUCAAGCAGAUCAUUAACAAUCUUAAUGCAUCCAUGGUAAUGAUGACGGAACAGACAAUUCCGACUUCGGUGCUUUCAACACCAGACAAUCUUCUGUGGAAAGAUUUUCCUGCUGUUCAGAUGGUGAAUGAUGCUGAAGCGCUUGCUACUUCUGUGAAGCUUGGCAGGACAACAGAGGACUCUUUCGAUUAUGUUUCUUUUGAGGAUGAUAGAAACCCUUGUGGGGAUGCUAAUAUGACGGAGGCUGUAAAGAAGCUUCUUUCUGAGAAUCUUCAAGAAGAGGAAAUGGACCAGCAGAGACAUUUGUACAAAAACCUAUGGCUUGAAGCAGAAGCUUCACUAUGUCUGAUGACUGCUAAAGCUCGGUUUCUUCGUAUGGAGUCUGAGAUGAAGAGGACAUAUGAUGGGACAAAAGGGGAUAACCCAACCAGCUCCAAUGUUUCUGUGCAUUUACAUGGAACUGUUGAAUCAGCAACUGAGGAUAAAGAUUGUUCAUCACUGGGCAAAUAUCUAAAGCCUACUACAACUGGCCAGCAUAAUCAUAUUGAACUAUUUUGUGUUCCAAAUUCACAGGUGGAAAGCUCAUACAUUUCGGAUUCUGAAAAGGCAAGAUUAACCAAAAAGGAAACCUGUUUCCCGUCUUUCUUUGCCUCUAGCCCAAGUGCCUUUGGCAAUGACUUUAAAUUAGCAACUGAGAAUAUAGGUUCACAUAGAGUAGUUGAAUUAGCAACUGAGGAUAAAGAGUCAUCAUCUCUGGGUGAAUGUCCAAAUCCUGCUACAGCCAGUCAGCAUGACAAUAUCGAGGUAUCCCAUCUUCCAAAUUCGCAUACAAUGAGCUUCCCUUUGCCAGAAGCUGAAAGGUCUAAACCAACCAAUGAUGUUGAGACCUGUGUUAUGGCCAGGUAUCAAAUCCUUAAGAAUCGCGUAGGUUGCUCUGACACACUACAAUUUGCUGGUGAACACAAAUGUCCUGCGAGUUUGUAUGAUUCUGGUAAUGAGUCCCAUGCUUCAAGCACUAUGACCAAAUUAAAUGAUCUUGAGAGUGGGUCCGUUUUUGGUGGAUACCAAAUGCUGAAGUGUCGAGAUGACAGCUUCAGACACCUGAAUUCAGAAGACCAACAGUUACCAGGAGAUGAAAAUUAUCUGCCAGAUAAUGGUUCCUCAAUCCCAGGUAAAGCUUUCCAGGAUUCACAGAUGUCUAAUUCUUUAGGUGUUACUGAUGAACGGGAGGCUUCUGUCAUGUCUAGGUUCCGAAUCAUACAAAGUCGUAUGGAUCAGUCAAACACACUGAUCAAUGAUUCAGUACUAGGACAAGCAAGUGUCGUGGUGGUUGAGGACAAUGAUAUAAAACUGGGCGGUUCCCAGCAGAAACCGUACAUCAAGAAAACCACAUUUGGGCCAUAUCCAGAAUUGAUCGAGGAUGAAGAUGUGCAUAUCUUUGAUGUUGGGGUGAAUAAGCAAGCAUUUGCUCCAAUUGUUAAGAGCAGUGUGAUAUUUGAAGGCUGGUACGACAAUAAUGACUGCUCUUCAUCAGCAGACUGGGAACAUAUCUCUAGUCGCGAUGUUUUAAAUCAGAAUUGAUGCCUUCUGUAUAUGAGAAGAUGUCAUCCCUUGCGCAUUCUAAACCCGCUUGUACAUAAUAUAUUACCUCCUAAACCUUUUUUUUUCAGUGCAAGUUUGUAAUAAGCAAUGACACCUUUUGAAUUAUGAAGCUUUCUAUUGAGUGGA